GAGCUGCUCGUCUUCUUCGCCGUGGUGAACAUCUCCGUGGGGCUCCUGGCCGCCCUCGCCUACUUCCUCACCUAUGUGGCCUCCUUCCGCCUCCACUAUCUGUUCGCCGUCCGCAUCCACGGCGGCCUAGGCUUCCUCGGGGGGGUCUUGGUGGCCCUCAAGCAGACCAUGGGGGACAGCACCGUACUGAAGGUGCCUCAGAUCAGAAUGAAGGCUGUCCCCAUGCUCCUGCUCCUUCUCCUGGCUCUGCUGCGGCUCGCUGCCCUUGUCGAGAGCAAUGUACUGGCCUCGUACGGCUUCGGGCUCCUCUCCAGCUGGGUCUAUCUCCGCUUCUACCAGCGGCACAGCAGAGGCCGCGGAGACAUGAGCGACCACUUCGCCUUCGCCACUUUCUUCCCCGAGAUCCUGCAGCCCGUGGUGGGUCUGGUGGCCAACCUGGUGCACAGCGUGCUGGUGAAGGUACGGGUGUGCCGCAAGACCGUCAAGCGCUACGACGUGGGUGCCCCGUCCUCCAUCACCAUCAGCCUGCCAGGAACGGACCCCCAGGACGCCGAGAGGAGAAGGCAGCUGGCCCUGAAGGCUUUGAACGAGCGGCUGAAGCGUGUGGAGGACCAAUCAGCCUGGCCCAGCAUGGAGGAUGAUGAGGAGGAGGCAGUGGGAGCAGCGAAGGCCGACAGCCCACUGCUGCCCGAGCCCGGCACGGCCGGGAAGAGCCCUGGCCAGGAGUCCAACCUCAUCAGCUUCCAGGAGGCGCCGGCGCAGCUGUGAGCGGCCCUUCCCGCCCUGUCUCCGUGUGAGAGCUGCUAAUCCCCCUGGUGUCCCCCUGGCCGGGGCGGGGACUCCUCCCGCGGCGCAGGCUGGGGGAUACCUCAUUCCAACGCUUCUGCUGCUGCUCGCGGCCGGCACCCGGGACAGUGACACUGCCACCACCGUGAGGACAGAAACUCCUGGAGCCACUCCCCCAGCCGGGGCAGGCCGUGGAGUCGGUGCAGGCAGAGGGAGCUGUUCUGGGAGAGGGACACGGGGCUGAUCCCUGCCCCAAGCCGCUGUGCUGGCCCUCGUGGGAUCCAAGUCAGCUUCUCCUCUGUGCCAGGGCUUGGCCAGAGCACUCAACAUGUAUUUCCUCCUUUCUGAAGGUAGUUUUGUCCCAACUGAGGGAACGGAAGGCUGGUGGGUUUCUCUUCCAAAGGUCUUUCCCGCGGGGAGCCUCCCCCUGCCCCAGCAGGAGCUCACCAGGGCUGGUGAGGAGUUUGUUGGGUAGGAGAGGACAGAACCUUGGGCAGGAAGAGGCCACCCAGCCCCUCACGGUGGUGCUCCAGCACUGCCAGCUCCAGGCUCUCAUGGUGGGGAUUCUCUCCUCCUUCCUCUCCUGCCCCCUCCCCCUGUGAGGAGCUGCUGCCCUUGGCUGCUCCCCAGCUAAUCCGUUUGCCAGAUUACACUAGAAGCAGGAAUUAAUUUUACAGUGGGACUCUAGCUGCUUCCUCUGGCAGCAGGUUUUCUUUCCUGCAGGUAGAAUAUGGGCUCCCCCUUUCUUUUCCCUCCCUCUUUGUUGAUGGAGUUUUUUUUCCUGGAUGGAGAGGAUGCUCCCUGCAACAGCCUCCACAGCUCCUGAUCCAGUGGGCUAUUCCCAGCCCUGGAUGUGGAUCAGCAGUGUCAUGAUUAUUUUUUUAAAGGACCACACGAGAAGGUUUUGUCAAAUGGGAAGAACACAGACCUUUGGGUAUCAAUAAAGAGUUCUUUGAAA